AUGACCCGGAUGUGAUUCCACCGAGUAAUGGCGGCUGAGCGGAUGCGGGCUGCGUCCCACAUGUAAACAACAAACUAAGCGCAGUCCUUUGUCUGAGGAAAGCAAAACCAGCGGCGAUCAGGAGCAUGAGAUUAUCCCACGAGAGUCGCCUCAUCUGAGAAAUAAAAAAAUGUCGAUGGAAGAUCCGUUUUUUGUGGUGAAAGGGGAGGUGCAAAAGGCGGUGAACAACGCGCAAGGGCUUCAUCAAAGAUGGAUGGAGUUAUUACAGGACCCGGGUGGGGCCACCAAGGAGGAAGUUGACUGGACCACCAAUGAGCUGCGCAACAGCCUGAGGUCCAUUGAAUGGGACCUGGAGGACCUGGAUGAGACCAUUAGUAUUGUGGAGUCCAAUCCAAAGAAGUUCAAUCUGGAUGCGAUGGAGCUGGCGAAGAGAAAAGCUUUCAUCACGAGCACAAGACAAACAGUCAAGGAACUGAAAGAUCACAUGACAAGUCCAACAGGCAUUUCAGUAUCAGAGAGGAAGAAUCGACAGACUUUGAUGGGGGACAGCGGGUCUCGUGGUCCAAUCUGGCAACCCAGCGGUGAUAAUUACACCAGACUUGACAAUGAGUUGCAGUCUGCAAACUCCCAGUUCAUAGAAGAACAACAGACCCAGCAGCAGCUCAUAGCAGAAAGACAGGACGAACAGUUAGAGCUGGUUUCAGGAACCAUCGGCAUCUUGAAGAACAUGUCUGAAAGGGUCGGGCAAGAAUUGGAUGAGCAGGCUGUAAUGCUUGAUGACUUUUCACACGACAUGGACAACACGCAGUCCAGGCUGGAUAAUGUCAUGAAGAAACUGGCUAAAGUUUCUCACAUGACCAGUGAUCGAAGACAGUGGUGUGCUAUCGGAGUUCUCCUGGCUAUCCUGUUUGUUGUGAUAAUCCUCUUCAUUGUUCUGUGAACAAACACUCCGAGCUUUAGGCGUACAGGUCUCUGCGUAUAUUCACAAAACCAAGGUGCUUGGAAGAGAGAAUACAAACGAAAACAUUUCCCUCUCCUAGUCCAUACUAUAGUAAGAUGCUGCUUUAUACUUUCUUCUUAUAAAAAUAGACCCCAGACGAUAAGACUGACACGAGUGUGUAAAAUGUAGAUAUGCUUGUGAACCAACAAGCAGACGAAUGGCAGAGAACAUCGGUUUUGUAAUAACGUGGUAAUUCAGGGUAAAUCAUGCAUAUCAAAUGGACCAUGAUUUUUGGACUUAUACCUGUGUACUUUGGUCAUAACAGAAUCUAGGGCUACUAGAAAGUAUGUUCGACGUAAUGUUCUUUACUUUGCACUGCUGUAACAGUAGGUUUAGACCACUGUAAAUAAUCAACACUAAAUAUGAUGCUCUAACAAGUUAACACUGGAGUUUAACAAAGUAUAUACUGUAUAAGUGGGUAUGGAACUAAUGAUACUAAUAGUAAAUUAGCUAUUCACUGUAAAAAAAUGUUUUUUUUUUCUGUGUGCUUUGUUUACUUUUUAGUUAGUGUGAAUUUAUUAGUGAGAUGUUCACUAUCGACGUUUUGACACUUCUUGAAAUUGGAUGAAAUAGACAACUAAAAUAUCCCCAUAUUUACAAAACAUAAUUUUUAUGUUUUACAGUUUGGUCUUGAAAUUGUUGGGGUUUAGCAAGAAUCAUACCACUCUGGAUUGCGAGACAAUGUUUGUUUGUUUGUUUGUUUGUAUGAUUUACCUGUACAAAGUCCAAGAAACGAUGAGUUCGUUUUUGACGGUCAAGUCAAAUUUUUCCAUCAUUAUUGGUUAAGUAGAUGGAUCCUGUGAAGUAUAGGUCAGUAUUUAGCCAGUGCCUUAGCAGUGAGAAGGGUUGAGAUACAUUUCAUUUUAGAAAGCAGAUGUUCGUGACAAUGGCGCUUGGUGGAAUUUCUCAUUUUUAGGGUUAGGGACAUUGUCUAGCUUCGGUCCAUUAAUACUUUCACUAACUGUCGAAAUGUAUUUCUAAUGCAAACGCAAAUGAAAUUUGUAAAGCAGCAGUCACUAAUAUGCAAAUAACUAUUAUUUUAUGAUAGAGCGACACUACUCAUAUUAUGUUUAAACAUGGAGCACAUUUACCGUAUUGCAUUGUUUUGUUUGAUGUAUUUUGUUGUUAAAGGCGGGGUGUCCGAUUUCUCUUAGCCGUUGUUGAUGUUCAAAUCACCAAAACAAACACACCCCUACCCCCAUCUUUCGCUUUCGUCAGCGCUCGGCUCGGCUAAUGUCCGCCCUGUGCACUGUGCACCUUACUGCUGAUUGGCUACAAGGUUGUUUCGGUACUCGGCCCGACUCAGUUGUCUAAAGCGUAAUUCGGAAAUCAGUAACCCCGCCUUUAAAUGGUUUUUGGAAGUUUUACGAAGAAACGCCAUAUGUCACAACUUCAUAUUUCAUAUCCACACCUGAAAAUGAAAAAAUAUACAUUUAGCAUGAAAAAAUAUGAAGGCACAUUAAGACUUUUGCAUUGUUUUAUCAUUUUCAAGGCAAUUCAAUGCAUUUACGGUAAUGCAGUUAUGAAAGCAACCCUGUCUGGAUACAAUACUUUUACAACAAUAUUAGCAUCACUUAAAUUUGAAUAAUAUACAUUUACAUUAGCAUUUUUACCAUUAUUGGAAAAAUGGAAAUUAGAAUGAACUCAAUUGUCAUGAACAUACACAAUGCAAAAAGCCAUCCUCCCUGUAAAUGUUCACUAUAAAAUUUCAUUAGGAGAAGAAAAAUACAGGGACUUUACAGUAUUUUAACCAUCAAUCAUUUCUGUCGUCCAAUAAAACAGUAUUAUGGCUAACACUAACUGCCCUUCGUCAGUUCCGAUUGGUUUGAAAUAUGACUGAAUUGAUUGCACAGUAAAAAUGCAAUUUUACGAUACAAAUAAUAAAACAUCCCACAAUAAGUUCACUAUUCUAGAUGAGCAGCGUCUAAGUCAAGAUAGCAGAUAAAUGCUUGUCAUGUGAAUUUCAAUUGUACGUCUUUGCUGUGUUUGUUUGACCUGCCUCUUGUUUUUCCUUGUCCAUCAGAAAAAAAUCUGUGUAAAACCACCCCAUGUUGUCCACACCCGUCAAUCACUCUGUGAAAUUCUGAGCCCCAUUAAAAACAAAUAACUGAAA